AUGCCUCCCAAGGCUUCCAAGAAGGGCGAGAAGAAGGCCGGCAAGGCCAAGGCCGUCGGCGAGAAGGGUCGCAAGAAGCGCCGCAAGGAGUCUUACUCCAUCUACAUCUUCAAGGUCCUGAAGCAGGUGCACUCUGAUACCGGUGUUUCCUCCAAGGCCAUGUCCAUCCUCAACUCGUUUGUCAACGACCUCUUUGAGCGCAUUGCCAACGAGUCGUCCCGUCUGGCCAAGUACAACGGCAAGUCCACCAUCUCGUCCCGCGAGAUCCAGACCGCCGUCCGCCUCUUGCUCCCCGGUGAGCUGGCCAAGCACGCCGUCUCUGAGGGCACCAAGGCCGUCACCAAGUACACCAGCAGCAAGUAA